CACAUGACCAAGUGGGCUCGCGGCCAAGCCACAAGCUACAAAAUGCAGCCCCUGGAGUGAGCGGGGAGCAUUCUCGCUGGCAGCCGGGGUCAGGGGCAGUUGCAGCCGCGGCUGAGCAGCCAGCUGCUAGGAAAGAGCUCGCCGCUGCCGCUCCCGGAGCCGCCGAGGCCAGCUUCGCGGCGCUGCCCAGCGGCGGGAGAGGAGGCUGCAGAAGAGCGGAGGCGGCCAGCGGGAGCGGCGGGGCUCAGCGCGCACACUCAGCGGCCCGGGAGCCUCCCGAGCUCCGCGCCCGCACGCGCCAGCCGCGGCUUGCGCCUUUCUUGGCCUCCUGGCGCCCGACCUCUCCUCCCCCGCGCCGGCUCGCCGGGGCCGCGGCGGCCCGAGGAGCAGCAUGAAUCUGCGGCUCUGCGUGCAGGCGCUCCUGCUGCUCUGGCUCUCCUUGACCGCGGUGUGUGGAGGGCCCCUGAUGCAGCUUCCCUAUGGGAAUGGGCUGGAAGAGGGCAAUGUCCGCCACCUGGUGCAGCCCAGAGGGUCGAGGAACGGGCCAGGGCCCUGGCAGGGAGGUCGAAGGAAAUUCCGCCGCCAGCGGCCCCGCCUCUCCCAUAAGGGACCCAUGCCUUUCUGAAGCAGGACUGAAGGGGCCCCCGAGUGCCCACCCCCUGUGGUUCUGUCUCCUCCAUAGAUUGGUCUGCUUCUCUGGAGGCCUCACGUCCAUUCAGCUCUCACCUCACACCUGCUGUAGCCACCGAUGGGCCCGGCUCUUCUCACCUGCCUGCUUCCCCCAGUGGCGUGUUCCUGGCUGUAGUUUGGAUGAUUCCCGUUCUCUCACAAGGAUCCGUCCAGUCCAUCUUCCUGGCCCCUCCCCGGACUGACUUUGGAGACCCAGCCCCGGAAAGCCUCCCUUCUUCUCCAGGUCCCCACUGCUCUAGUCCCUGCCUGUCUCAUCUAACGCCCCAACCCUUCACUUGGGCCUUCCUUCCUCAUGUCUGCCCUGGGCCCGGGGUGGAAAUGCUCCCUUCUGCGGGCUCCAGCAGAUCCCUUGAUUUCCUGUCAGUUGGACCCCUCACCUGGCCUCCAGGGAGGAAUGCAGAGAAAAGCAAGGGGAGACUCUAGUUAAGAGGUGCUGGCUGCGGGGAUCCAGACAGGGAACACUGGGGGCACAGAAGUGUGGCGGGGGAAGCUCUGGUGAAGUGGGUGGAGCAUCAGUGUUUACUCAGUUAAGGAAGAGGUAAAGGAGAGGGGCCUGUGAAGUCCUUUGUCACUUCUCUUGCCUUACUGUGCCUCCCAAUACUCCCUUCUUCCUGCCCCCACACCCCAUCCCCAGCUAGCCCAAGCUCCAAGUCAGGAGGGGAGGGUGCUGGGUCUGACAUGGCUCUAUACCCUCCCAGGAGUAGAAGCCAAGCAAGAGGUUGUUUUUGCCAAGAAUCACAGAAUAUUAGAACUGAAAGGACCCUUGGAGAUCCACUUAGCCUUCUUAGGCAAACGCCUGCAAAAACAGAAGCCUGGAGAGGGGAGUGACCUGCUCGGAGUCACUGCAGAGCCGGAAUGGGGACCAGGUCUCCCAUCUCCUACUUUAUGAUGUUCUCUUCCCUCUUGAUGAUGUCUUUUCAAAGCAAAUGAAGUGCCUUUUCCUGAGGCUGGGGCUGGGGGUGGCUGGGAGGGGAAGGGAAGGGAGAGGCAAGCUGGCUGUGAACUAUCCUGUUGUAGGGCCGGAGCUGCUCCCACCUCCCUGACCUACCCCUGCUGCACCAUUCCCCCAGCUGGGCUGGAAGGUUCCAUAACUGGUCAGCUGCCCCCAUUCUGGCAGCAUUCCCAGACCCGGGGUACUCUAAUAGGGGCAGCUCAGGAACUGAGACUACCGUUCAACACCAGUGAUGGUGGUUUUCAGGAGCAUGAGGUAGCCUUCAAUCCUUGGACUCCAUGGCCUUCCCUUUGUGCUGACUGGACCUUCCUUCCAGGGCUUUUCCUUUGGGGGAGGUGGAGAGGGGAGAAGAAGGAAGGGAAGGGCAGAAGGAAGGAGGGACAGGAGGAAGAAAAGAAAGCAAAGGAAGGGAAGGAAGGAAAGAAGGAUGGGAGGAAGUGCAGCAGGAAUAGCACCCUCUCCCCGGGAGGCCCCAGCUUCCGUGAGGGGCCAUCACCAGCCAUUCCUUGGAGGGAGCUUUCUCACCUAUUGCUUGAGCAGGCUUCCCAGGAGGAAGAAAGGGAAGACAAGAGCCUGAUGCCCAACUUUGUGUGUGUGGGGACGGGGGAGUCAGGGCCCCCCAAGUCCCACAAUAACCCCAAUGUUUGCCUAUCCGCCCCCUCAAGCCUUCCUUUACCUCUGCUGCUGCUAAUGCCGCUGCUGCUUAAAGGCUCAUGCUUGGAGUGGGGACUGGUCGAUGCCCAGAAAGUCUCUUCUGCCACUGACGCCCCCAUCAGGGAUUGGGCCUUCUUUCCCCCCUUCCUUUCUGUGUCUCCUGCCUCAUCGGCCUGCCAUGACCUGCAGCCAAGCCCAGCCCCGUGGGGAAGGGGAGAAAGUGGGGAACGGCUGAGAAAGCUGGGAGAUAGGGAACAGAGGAGGGUAGUGGGUGGGCUGGGGGGGCUGCCUUAUUUAAAGUGGUUGUUUAUGAUUCUUAUACUAAUUUAUGCAAAGAUAUUAAGGCCCUGUUCAUUAAAAAAUUGUUCCCUUCCCCUGUGUUCAAUGUGUUUGUAAAGAUUGUUCUAUGUAAAUAUGUCUUUAAAAUAAACAGUUAAAAGCUGACAGUUCGCCCUUACUCUUGGAGGUCAUGUUCAGGAGGGGCGUUCCUUUCCCCUGGGGGCCAUGAUUGUCCCCAUGCCCACAUAUUGCACGUGCAGGGAGGUAAGUGCCUGCAUCCCAAAUCGGUUCUAGGUCAACUGGCCUCAAACCAAUUUGCCACGAGCUUACAAAAUGAAUCCCUAUGCUUAAUGACCAGGUCACAUAAAAUCCAGCCCUUAUAGGUUUUCUGGCAUCUGUUUGGGUAUCCUCAUUUUUUUGGCAGUGUCAAAGAAUUUUUCAAAAGCAAUUUAUUUAAGAACAUGCUGAUUAAAUGCAGGAUCGCUACUAAAAAUUGUUUUGUAUCCUUGGUGGGUGUCUUCUGCUAUUUUAUCUACUUUUGAACACUUUCAGGACUUUUUAGCCAGUUUGCCUUUCUUGAAAAAUGUUAUGUUUUCAGUAAUAAAUACAUUUGAUAAUGACUGUUUGUAUCAUUUUAUGUUUCACAAAGUAGAGUUGCUUGAUAAAUGAGAUAGCCUGAAAAAUAAAAUGCAAAGAGUUGAAUAUAA